AUGGAUUCUGUACUUUAUGAUCAAUUUGUUCAACGCAUGGUGGGAAGAAUUGAAGAUGACUUCUUUUUCCUCAACGGCUGGGCUGAAUUUGGUAAGGACAAUACUGUGGAACUUGGAGAUUUUUUAGUUUUUCAAUAUGAUGGCAAUUGUGUUUAUGAUGUAAUAUUACUUGGCCACAAUGCUUGUGAAAAGAAAGGAGUUGGAGCUUUUAAAGUAAAGGAAGAGGAGGAGGAAACUAAGGGGUUUGAAGAAGAUGAUGAGGUGAAAGAAGAAUGGGACGAAGAAGGGAAAUCUAAUGAGUUUGGAAAAGAAGAAGAAGAGGAGCAGAAAAUGACGCUAACAAGGUUGAAAAAGAAGAAGAAGAAGUAG